AUGACGCGUUUCGUUUGCCUUUCAGUGCUUGUGCUCCUGGCAGCUGUCGCCGUAUCCUCCAAGCCGAAUGAGGAUUACGACAAGGAGCACAUUGCCGAGGUGGCCGAGGAGUGCAAAACGGAGUCGGGCGCCACAGAUGAGGAUGUGGAGCACAUGAUGCAGCACGAACCAGCCGAUUCACAUGAGAGCAAAUGCCUGCGCGCCUGCAUGCUGAAGAAGUUCGAGAUUAUGGACGACGAGGGCAAGUUGAACAAGGAGAAUGCUCUGGAGAUGGUCAAGGUGAAGAGCAAGGCUGAUGCUGAAAUGGAAGCCGCUGCCACUGAGAUUGUGGACAAGUGUGAGGGCAUUGAAGUGCCCGAGGAUCACUGCGACGCUGCCGCUGCCUACGAAGAGUGCAUCAUGGAUCACAUUCACGAGCAUGGCUUGUCCCUGGAGUAACCCGAACACUAGUUGGACAUAUGGAAUGGAAUAAUGCAAGCGCCUCCUAUGCUAUAUGAUACACGACUCUAUUUUUUUUUUAUAAAUAUAU